AUGGCAGGGUGGAGAGAGGGUGGAUAUGGACAGAUGGCAGGGUGGAGAGAGGGUGGAUAUGGACAGAUGGCAGGGUGGAGAGAGGGUGGAUAUGGACAGAUGGCAGGGUGGAGAACGGGUGGAUAUGGACAGAUGGUAGGGUGGAGAGAGGGUGGAUAUGGACAGAUGGCAGGGUGGAGAGAGGGUGGAUAUGGACAGAUGGCAGGGUGGAGAGAGAGUGGGCCUGCAAGUCCCAGCUUCAACAACAAGACAUGUCACAAGACAGAUACAAUCGACUAG